CGGCCCCCGGUCCCGUCCGCCCGGCGCCCGCCGCCCCCCCUCCCCCCCGGCCUCUCCGCGGCCGGCCCGGGCCCGGCAUGGCGCGGCCGCCCGUGCCCAGCUCGCAGAAGGCGCUGCUGCUGGAGCUCAAGGGGCUGCAGGAGGAGCCCGUGGAGGGGUUCCGCGUGGCGCUGGUGGACGAGGGGGACCUGUACACCUGGGAGGUGGCCAUCUUCGGGCCCCCCGGCACCGACUACGAGGGCGGCUACUUCAAGGCUCGUCUCCGGUUUCCCAUCGACUACCCCUAUUCUCCCCCUGCGUUCAGGUUCUUAACCAAAAUGUGGCACCCCAACAUCUAUGAGACCGGUGACGUCUGCAUCUCCAUCCUGCACCCGCCCGUGGACGACCCGCAGAGCGGGGAGCUGCCGUCGGAGCGCUGGAACCCGACGCAGAACGUGCGGACCAUUCUUCUGAGCGUGAUCUCGCUGCUGAACGAGCCCAACACCUUUUCUCCUGCCAACGUGGACGCCUCUGUGAUGUACCGCAAGUGGAAGGAGAGCAAAGGGAAGGACCGGGAGUACACGGACAUCAUCAGGAAGCAAGUCUUGGGAACAAAGGUGGACGCUGAGCGGGAUGGUGUGAAGGUCCCCACCACGCUGGCAGAGUAUUGUGUGAAGACCAAGACUCCGGCCCCAGAUGAGGGCUCAGACCUGUUCUAUGACGACUAUUACGAGGACGAUGAGAUGGAGGAGGAAGCAGACAGCUGCUACGGUGACGAUGAUGACUCUGGCAAUGAGGAAUCUUGAUGGCCCCCUGGCGUUGCAAAGCGUACUAUAAACUACUGAAUUUUACCUCAGCUAGGACAAACUGGUUUGAAUUUAGGAUCUGUCAGCCCUGAAAUUAACUCUCUACAUCUCAGGGGGACUAUUCUGCUGUUGUAAAGGAAACCCCACCGCUGUCUUUGUAGAAGAAGCAAAAAAAAAUAAUCCCUGUUUUAAAAACUUCCUGGGUGGGGACGGGGAAGUCUCUCUGGGGCAUUCACGAGCCCACAGAGGCUGGGGAGCUGGCGGCUCUGCCUGGGUGGAGGGUCGGGGACGGCUGCUGUUGGCUGCCCGCUGUCCGGGCACGUUCAGCUCCUCUUGAGGCGCGGUUUGGGGAGGCUGUGGAGCUGGUGAGCGGUCGCUUUGGGUGGGAGCAGGGGCGCUUUUGUGCAGCUUUCCGCAGCCUCCAAGCAGGAACGGGAAUGCGGAGGGGGCGCAGCUCCCCCUUCCCUGCGGUGAGGCCCUCCCGUGUGGGACCCCGCUGCCGCCCCUUCCUGCGGAGCGGGGGCGUGGGGCAGGACGUGGCUGUUCGCAGCUUUUAACGAGCUGGGAGGGGGGGGGUAGUUCUGAGUCUUUCUGCUUCUGUUUUUUUAGAAACUAUUUAAUAAAGUGCUUUAAGGGA